AUGGGGUUGACUAAUAUACACGAAAGGACUGGUUCUAUUGGAGCUGCGCAUGUGAUCAUCUUCGCACUGGCUAUGAGUUUCUUGGAUCAGUAUGAGAAUCCGUACUAUCUUCACAGCUCCGAUCAUGCUGGACUCGUCUUGGUCUCCGAUCAUCUCACAUCUGGUUCGGAGUUUCAUUCAUGGCGUCGAUCUGUUCGGAUGGCUCUCAACAUCCGCAACAAACUCGGUUUCAUCGACGGUACUAUCCCUAAACCCCUGGAUACUCAUCGCGAUGCUGGAUCUUGGUCUAGGUGUAACGAUAUGGUAGCUACCUGGUUAAUGAACUCAGUCUCUAAGCAGAUAGGUCAGAGUCUUCUCUUCAUGUCGACUGCUGAAUCUAUUUGGAAGAAUAUACUUUCCCGAUUCAAACAAGAUGAUGCACCGCGUGUCUAUGAGAUUGAACAACAGUUGAGUAGAUUACAACAAGGUUCAAUGGACGUGAGUGCUUACUAUACCGCUUUGGUAACUCUCUGGGAAGAGUACAAGAACUAUGUAGAUCUUCCUGUUUGCACAUGUGGAAAGUGUGAAUGUAAUGCAGCUGAGCUUUGGGAGCGACUUCAACAGCGCAGUAGAGUGACUAAGUUCUUGAUGGGACUUAAUGAAGCUUUUGAGCCAACGCGACGUCACAUCUUGAUGCUUAAACCUAUUCCUUCUAUUGAAGAUGUCUUCAAUUUGGUUACUCAGGAUGAGCGCCAGAAGUCCAUCAAGCCAAGCUCUACUCCUGCAAGUGUGGUACUUCAGAGUUCUAAUUCUCCAGAUACCUCAAUGACUGAUGCAUCCUCUGAUCAUGCCGCGUUAGCAGCAGCUCAUUCCAACUCUAGUUAUCGUCCUAAACAGAGACCACUUUGUACUUAUUGCGGUCAGCUUGGACACAUUGUGCACAAGUGCUUCAAGCUUCAUGGAUAUCCCCCUGGCCAUAGAAACAAUAAGUCGUUUGCUCCUGCUUAG